AUGACGCGGCAGAGCAACGGGUACAUGGAGCGGCGCGGGGGCGCACGGGGCGGGCGGGGCCGCGGCUUCUGCAGUCGCGGCCGCGGCGGUGGCGGCGGCGGGCAACGGGGAGGCCAGAGGGGCGGCCCUGGAGGAGGGCACAAGCCGCCGCCGCUCAUGUCACGCCCCAUGCCUCCCCCACCAGGCAUGAGGCGUCCGCCAAACAUGGGACCCCCACACGGACCUAUGGGACCGCCACCCCCCAUGGGCCCCCCACCUGGUAGGAUGGGCCCUCCCGGUCCCGGUAGGAGACCUGCGCCUAUGGGUCCACCUGGCAGGAUGGGCCCACCUGGUCCCGGACCAAUGGGCCCUCCCCCACCCCGCGGCGCCAUGGGCAUGCGUGGUCGAGGGGGCAUGCGGGGCAUGAUGGGCCCCCCUCCCCCCAUGGGCCCCCCUUUAGACCUGGACCCCCUGGCCCUGGCAUGA